AUGGAUGGUGCGAACGCAUCAUGCUGCCACGACACAUACGCACACGCACAGCCGCACAAUUUCACUGACGUGUUCUUGCUGCCGUUUGUCUCUUCUUCAGUUUCUGCCGCUGCUACGGGCCUCGCCUUGUCUCGCCGCUUUCAGCCUCCACAACUGCGCACCAUGCCUCCAGCGCACAUAUUCAUUGUCCGCCACAGCGAGCGGCUGGAUCUCAGGGACCGCGAGUUCGCCAAAUCCUACAGCCGCCCGCACGACUCGCCAAUCACUGAAGACGGCUUCGUCCUGGCGAGAAAACUGGGCGAGUACCUGGUCAGCCACUACCACAUCGAUCCCGUCGAUGUCGUCAUUCUCAGCUCCCCUCUUCUGCGGUGCGUGCAGACCUCUGAUGGAAUCGUGGCCGGCGUCCUCCGCGCGUCGGCGGCGAGCGCGAAGGUGAACACAAUCCCUGUGUACCUUGAGCCUGCCAUCAUGGAAGGCCCGUACUGGAUGCACUUAGACAUGCUCAAUAACCCGUCGGUCGUGGAGCCGAACGACGGUCACUUCCACUGUCCAGAACCCGUGUACAACGACGCAGCGUUCCACCGCGACAGCACCUCGCAGCACGUGCAGCUGCAUAAUCCGUUCCCCCUGCACCCCGCUCCGACCUUCACAGUAAAGGACAAGAAGCUUGUCGAUCCGAGCUUCCCAGGGCGGUGCAUACAAGCUUCAAAGAAGCUGCUGACCGUCCCAGAGCUGGAUGGUAAAACGGUGGUGCUCGUAGCGCAUGGCGAGACAACUCUGCGCGCACUGAAUGCGAUGAAGAACGUGGAGAUGGAGCCGGCGCGCAACAGCACGGCCUACACGGGGUUCGUGCACGUCACCUGCGAGGGCAGUGGUGCGGAAACGCGGGUGGCUGUGGAGUUCGAACCCUUCGCGACGCCGCACCUCUCUGCAGAGCCGAAAGAGACGUAG